CGCGCGUCGUGUGGCCCUUGACGGUCUCGUGGCGCGGCGUCGUGAGGGCCAGCGUGCUCCCGGCCGAGUCGGCGGGGGCGAGGAGCGCGCAGCAGUCCUCGAGGCCGCGCUUGAUUUGGGCGAGGGUGGCGCACAGGGAGGUGAGGAGCCAGGAUAGUUCGCGGGCCUGCUUUGGUGGUGAGUAUACGGCGUUGGUGUUUAGGCUGAGGAUGAACUUACCUGAGUGGCGUCUUCCUCGAUUUUAAGCUCGGCCGGCGAGAUGGGAGGCCAGAUCUCAACGGACAUUGUGGGCGGGGGACGGCAUAGGCAACCGCAUUUCAACGGGCCAUUCGACAAGUUAUUAUCGCGAGAGAUGGAGUUGAACGAGCGAGUGUGUUUAAAGUUGUAGCCUUGUUAUUAGUGCGCGUAUAUGUGUGUGUAAGUGGGGAGCUUUGGGACUGAUGGUGGUGAUGCUAAAAUAAACAUGAUGUUUUUGGAUUGGAUGACGGCGGGUAAGCUAAACCAUAGCCGUGUGGGUCUACCAUGUACAAGAUCUUAUCUUAUCGUUAUUCUUGCUGCAAGCCCAGAAGCCCCACGUCAUUUUUUAUGGUCUGCAGUUUUGGGGAUAAUUGAAUAAAUAUCAUGCAUAUGCCGUAUAACUACUUCUAAUAUUAUAAUAUCGUGGAAGCUUCAUCUCCUUCUUUGACGUAGUAAAUAAUAGUAUUUACAAAUGUGAUUAUUAUACUAUCACCACAAGAAUGGCUACAGGGCAGCCACCCGAGACCGGUUCGCAGGCGCCUACAGAAGCCACCAAGCCAACGAAACUUCCACCUAUACCAAAGGGGGCCACAAUCCGAAAACGACCGAUCCCCACACGCGCGCCCUCCACACGCGCCUCCCGCCGCAUCUACGUAACCCCCAAGACGCCCUUCCGCUCCAUCACCGCCCGCGUGCGCAAACAGCUCGACAAGAACCUGCGGGAAGCGUCCGCCUCUAAAAAGGCGUUCACGAACAGACUCGCCAGCAACAAGAACGCGUCGUUGGACGAGCGCAUCCGCGCCAUCCAGCGACAGUCCGCGUCCAGAGACAGCGGAAGUGGGAUUGGGCUCGAGGACGCGGGCGAGGUGGUGGUGCUGGGGACGGGGAGGGCUAUACAGAAGGUCGUCGAGGUCGCCAUGUUCUUCCAGAAGCAGCAGGAUUGCGUCGUGCGGCUGAAGAGCGGGAGUGUGGGUGCUGUGGAUGAUGUUGUUAUGGAGGGGGAAGGAGAAGAAGAGGAGGAGGAGGAGGAGUGGGGCGGUGAAGGGGAGGAGAGGAUUAGGAUGAUGAGUUCUCUUGAGGCCUCUAUUAAGUUGAAGUGAUGAAAAGGGACUGUUUGAGAAACGAAGAAGACGUUACUUGUGGGAGUGACGCUUUUUGGAUGGCCGGUUUACGCGACCAUCAUUUUUUUUUCUACGGCGUCAUCCAUGUCGUAGUAUGACCAGACCCGCGGAAAUUGUUGGAAAAGACGUAUUUCAAAUACCGCGAGGACGGUAACGAAGUUCGGAAGCCAACAUAAUCCGUUAUUAAGUUCCUUUAUGAUGGAUGUGGCCCUCUCGUUCUGGUCUAGAACGAAAGUUUCCGUUGUAUUGCUAUCUCCCCCAACAGCGUAGGAGGUUUGCGCUACGACUUAUGCUAUGACUCCGACUUCAUCUGUUGGAGGCCUUGUAAAGGCUUAUUACAUGGCUAUUAUCUGGUUACGGAGGAAAGGAAGUAAGGGGUUACCUUCGCGCAACAACGAUGUGUGAGAAAAAAGCUAGGUAUAUCAGCCUAUGAGCCGAACAGAAAGCUUA